AUGACAGCGAUGAAUGCGGAUGAGACAAAGCAGGCUGGAAUGCCUCAAGGAGCUGAGGAGCAGCAGGAUCCGGAGAAGGAGCCAGAGAAGGAGAAUGAGAAGGAGCACAAGCAGGCAUCUGCAGAGGGGCAGUGUGAUCCAGAGACCAGAAUAGUGGCUCCUCCGCCCAGGCAGCGGACUCUAACAAGGACCGCCGAGCUGGACGCGGACUGCGAGGACAUCGAGCUUGAUGCCGAAGAUGCCGUGGACGAUGCGGCGGAUAGCAUCACCUUGGAGUUGGCCCUAUCGCCGCACAGCAGCACCACGCCCACGCCCUCGCCCACCACCGCCGACGAGGACUUCGCCCAGCUGGACAACAGCAAGCCCUUCAAGAUCAAGGACAUCACGAGGAACAUCCGCAAGGCUGUUGUGGCCACAACGCUGUCGGAGUUGCGAGCGAAGGUGUCGGUGAAAUUUGAGCGGUCUGAGCCGGCGAUACACCUGGAUUGCGAUGGCACCGAGGUCGACGAUGAGGAGUACUUCAGCACUCUGGAGCCAAAUGCCGAAUUGAUUGCCGUCUUUCCCGGCGAGCAGUGGCGCGAUCCCAGCGACUAUAAUGCCAAUCUGCGUCGCACAUCGCUGGAUGCACAGCGUCUGCGGAAGCUGGUGAGCAAACUGCAGCCGAGCUAUAUGAACGAUGAUGAUUUGGACAAGCUGUCGAACAUGGAUCCCAACUCCCUGGUGGAUAUCACGGGUCGGGAGCCCAAGGACAACGAAUACUCAGCCAGGAGCGAUGCCGCCCGGCUAUCUACGGAAUUGUCUUGCUAAGGGGAAUCAACGAGUUCCCUCAACGAAUUAUUGUAGCUUAAGAAACGUGUGAAUUGGGAUGUACAUAUAUAUGGGGAAUUUGUACGAGUUUA